AUGGCACGAGCUUUUCAUACCCAAUCCGCUCCAGCGGUCUUGACUGAUCAAACUUGUACGACAGGAUCCACACCGUAUAUGAUGAACCCACAAUCUGCGUAUUACUAUCGCGAAGCACCCCCGAUCCCAUCAACCCAUUCCUCACAUUCCUCCCCGAUCAGUCCUCAAACAUCAUCAAUGCCCCUAGAAACCGUCUUCCAUUCUCCCUCCGCGGUUUCAUCGACAGACUCGAGAGAGCGUUCUUUACGCGGGUCCAGUUCACGACCUCGACCGCAAUGCUGGGAUCAUGGCUGUGAUGGCCGAGAAUUCUCAACAUUUAGUAACCUCCUGCGACACCAGCGUGAGAAAUCCGGCGUAGUUGCAAAGGCCGAAUGUCCCGUUUGUGGAGCGGUGUUUACCCGCACUACGGCCCGCAAUAUCCAUGUUGCGCAGGGCAAGUGUAAGGGUCCUUCUGGACGGGAGUCUUCGACAGAAUAG